AUCAAAGAAAUCUUGCAUGAAAAAAGAAUUGAUUCUACUCGAGACUGUAAAAGAUUUUUGUUAAAUUGCAGUGGGGGAGCAAGAGCUCUAUCUCAAAUUCGAAGACACUGGUUCCCCAGAUCAACCUAGAAAGCAUAUCUUAUUUGAAUCCGCCAAAGACGUACUGCAUAGUUCUCUUCAAAAGUGCAUAAAACAAAUGAUGGCCAAAGAAAACUUGGCCCUGCCCGAGAGAAUGACGCAUUCUGACCUCGUGAAUAAAUUAAUUGAUACGCAAGUAAGAGAUCAAACCAUUCUAGAACCUCUUGAUCUUAUGCGGAUAUACAAUCUAUUCGAGAAUAUGAUUAUUUAUGAUGUGAACAUUCAUUCCAUGUUAACCACCCUAUUUAAUCUCAGUUAGUAAUCGCCAAGCCUCAUUCAGUCUAACUAUCUUUUUGAAGCAGAUAGUUCACAGUGCUCAUUCUAUAGAUACUGUCAAAGCCAACUCAUGUUUCCACUCUAUUUUCAUUACGAAGAUGUAUCACGUCAGGAUCUCUUGCUCAAACCGAAUCACGCCAACGUUAUGGAAGUUCCUGGAUCGUGUGAAAUAAGAAUAGUACCAAAGGCAUCCUCGCCCUAUGAUUUCAUAAUAAAAAAUGGAAAAUUGGCUAUGGAGAUUCCGCGCGGUCAGAAAUUCAUACAGACAGAAAGGGGUUCGACAGGAAAGUCGUUUCGAUCCAAUCCAUUCUUGGAGUCAAAUAAAGACAAAGGAUAUGUCAGUGACCUAGCACGACAAAGCACUAUCCGAGGGCAUGGAAUGUAUAAUUUUUCGGUCAGAAUCUCGACAGUAAUGUCUCUGUUAGAUUCUCGGGUCGAAAUACGGGAAAACUCCAUUCAAUUCUCGAUGGAAACGGAGUUUUGCGAAUUUUCCCCGGAACUGGAAGAUCAUUUCGAGAUCUUCGAACAUAUUAGAAGGUUCAAUGUGACUAUUGUAACUUCAGCCAACACACAAGAUGAGACUUUACCACCGUGGAGCGGCUUUUUGCAAAAAGAUGAGGGGGAAACUCAGUAAGAUGUCGGAGAAGCGAAAUAUACGAGAUCACAAACGUAGAUUGCUCGCGGCUAAAUAUGAAUUGAGACGAAAGCUUUAUAAAGCCUUGUGUAAAGA